AUGUCAAAGACACGCACACCGAUGCGCAAUAUGAGAUCCCAAUUCGAAGAAAGGCGGUCUCAGCCGUGGACUUCACGAAGAUCAGAGCCACAGGAACGGGAACCGACCGCGCAGAUCAGGUCGCGGGUGGCCUCAGGUGAAAUCGACCUCGAGGACGUACUGCAUCGCCUUGUUUCGGGGUCUUAUCCGACGAUGCCGCACAUGGAUGGUUUGAGCCACAAAUUGACAGAAGCCAUGCUAGCCGUGCCAGAUGAUGUGCAGAGAACGGUUUGGACCCAUCCCCACCCUGACAUGAUUACGGCAUCGCAUGAUGCUAAUAUGUUUCGAAAAAGUCCUGAAGAUACCGACCGUGUAAUGAUCCGAACUGUGGCAGCCUAUGCUGUGGUAUCUGGCCUCGCGAAUAGUCACCGGAAGGGUCUACGGUUUACGCCGCCGACGAGGGGGAGAUCAUACUAUGAAAAGUCUUUUGUGAUGGCUGGACUUGUCCCAAGGACAGGUCGGCCAGGUCGUGUCAAGCUGUCCUGCUUCCGGCACCAGAGAGUGAAGCAGGGACGCGUGAAGGUGUUUGAGUAUGGCCAUCGCUCGUACAAAGGCAUCAAUCCGCGAGUGCCGCCAAUCCAAUCCAUACUGAAGAAUCUGGAUUUGUCUGCCGACAAUCCCCUCAAACUAGCCGAGCGAGAGUUUGUCCAACUGAUGCCUACUUCAAAGAGCAGGGGCUAUGCUGACACGAGUAAUGGCUUCUACCCGAAGAUCAUCUCAAUGGCUAUGUUGGCCCAGCGGAUCAUGGGAAUUAUGACGCAUUGGCGGGAGUACAUGUUGAUGCGCGGCAAGUUGUUGCGGCCAUCCCACAUCUACACGGGGGAGGCAGAGGGAGGAGUACUGCCGGGGAUUCGCACUGAUCGAGCCAGCUAUGUCAAGGUCUCGCUCGCUUCUGCUGUGGCUGCAGACGUUUUAACUUCCGCCGAGCGCGGCCCUUAUAUGAACAUCACAUCUCUGGGGAUCAUGCUCGUUCCAUCUAUUGGACCCCUUCUUGGGGGACUUCUAAGCCAGCAACCCGGCUGA